ACUCUUCUCUCCCUUCAGAAAAUGCUCCUGGGCCAGCCUCCCACGCAAUUGAACAAGGUGGAAGUGGUGUCACUGAUGUAGCAGUCCAGGAUGACUAUAUUAAUUUUAAAUUUGAAAUAUUUGCUGAUGGAAUCUCAGCUAAUCUUUCAGACACAAAGGUACAAGCUGCUAGACUGUGUAUUGAACGCAUCAAGUGUCAAGCUAGCAUUACCUCAACCAGUUUGCUUGAUAGUAGUAUUGAUAUUGGAAUAAUAUCAAUUAUUGAUGUUAGGGAUCCAUUGGUUAAUGAUAGGACAUUACUGUGUAGUAGCAGUGAUGGAAAUGUCUCAAUGGUAUCACUGACAUUUAAACAAGACCCUCAGCUACACCAAAGAACUGGUUUGCUAAAUGUCUCUAAUCCACUGGUGACAAUAAGCAUUGAGUACCUACUAUAUUUAAUCGGAUACUUAAAGACAUUGUACGAGCCUUUCCUAUCAAGCACUCCCUCCCAGCCCUCUCCUCUUGAACCUCCUAAGUCAGAGGCUGAUGGUGCUACUGUGGAACAGUAUGAGAUGAAGUUGACUGGUUCCAUUGUCAAUGUACGGCUUGCUGCUUCUGGUGAUGAGCCCAACCAGGCACUGAUAGCUCAAACUGGAGUGUCUCUUGGUAUUUCAUUGAAGGAUGGGUCUAUUUCUAUUCACUCGUCACUCGAUGACUGUACACUAUAUACUGGUUCACCUACUGCUAAAACUACAGUGAACAAGGACAAUAUUAUCCUUUCUCCUUGCACCCUGUCCUUUACAUUGUCCACUAUGUCUGGUCACAAUAUAGUCCUUCAUCUUAAAAGAGUGGAGCUAUUCGUUGCUCCUUCAACAGUCCGUCUGGUCCUCAGUAUAUUGAAUAAGAUACAGGCUGAGACCAAUACAGAGGGAGAGAAAGAGAAGAGGGUCAUUACUGCUCCUCCUGACCUGUUACUGAAUAAACCAGUGGAUGAGUCCAAGUGGUAUUUUAAGAGCCAGGAGCACAUCAUAUCAAGAAUAGUUCAAGACAGUCACCUUGAUGGAAAGAAAGGAGAAUUAUUAAUGCUUGAUAUAGAUCAAGUCUCCAUCACUUUAUUGCAAGAGCAUCCAAGAACUGGUGAAGUAUCAUCAGCUUUCAGUAUACUACUAGGGAGCUAUGGGAAUAAAGGACUCCACCUUCAGGCCCAAGAGUGGUCUGGAGAGUUAUGGGCAGAGGCUAAUCUUUCACUGAUUGUAUCAUAUUUCAACACUUCGUGUGAUGUAUGGGAGCCAAUGUUGGAGCCAGUGGUUGAUCUUAAAGAUGAUAAUAGAUAUUCUUCAUGGCAAGUUACAGCAACUGUUGAAAAGGAUAUUAAUUCCACUGGUAAUCCUGAGUUGAGUGCAUGCAUCAAGUCUGCCUCUGCUUUACAGAUCACCCUUUCAUCCACUGGUAUUAACAUGCUAUCUGGACUAGCAAAUGAUUACAUGAAAUCGGCCCAGCAGGCACUAGCUAUUGAGUCAGCUGAUUCUUCCAGUGAUGAAGCCAGCAGUAAAGAUCAAAGAAAGAGCUUUAUUAUCAUUAAAAAUCAUGUAGGAAAGGAAUUUCCUGUACAGCUGUCACCAGUUCAAAAUAUAGAGAGAGAGAGUGGGCAAAGCGAGACUGGGUCUAGCCUACGCAUAGAGUAUAUGAGCUUUGUGAGGUUAAUAAGACACACUAGCAGUAAUUAUCAGCUAAGAGGAGAGAUACUCCCUCCGGAUGUUAUUAAAAAAGAGCAGGCCAUACUCUCUGUCCAGAUUAAAGGAUAUAAGUCAUUUGAUGUCACUGUCAGUUCUAGUGGACUUACCUACCACCUACUCAAACCCAUUGAGAAGGGUGAUAGGUUACCUGUUGUGGUUGAAGUUAAUAAAGUAUAUGCAACAGACCCAACUGAAGUUAUCAUUAGAUCAUCAUUACAAUUGAAAAAUCAUUUGUCUGUUCCUGUAUCAGUAUAUUGGUCUAAAGAGAAGCAUGAUCCUAAUGUGUCAGGAUUGCCAUGUGUACUGAAGAUCAAAGAAGGAGAAUCUAGUGCUGUGCCAUUAUCAUGUGUCAAUAGCUACCUCUACCUUAAACCAGAUACUGGAGGUGUUUGCAGUAAUGGUGUAUCAUGGCACAGUUUAUCAGAGAAUGGAGUCUAUCUUCAUUGUAAAUCAAUGUACAUUCAUGUAUAUUCGUUGGCCGAGAAUUAUAGUAAUUACUUAUCAGUUCCUCCUGGUCCCCAUCAUAUGCUACACAUUCACUAUCCUUUUGUUCUACACAAUUAUCUUCACAAUAAACUUAGAGUCUCAGGGACUGACAUAUUGUCAGGAUCGUUUGUUAACGUCAGUCACAUUAACCCUGAGAAAGAUACCAAGCUACCAAUUGAGUUUUCUAUGGGCGAUGGGGUCCGACUGUUGGGUCAUCUUGAGCUUAGUGACUCAAUGGAAAAUGAUGACAUUAAAUUGAAGAGUGAAGAAGGGAAAGGCCAUAGCGUGCAUCUUUCUGUCAUUCAUGAGGUCCGUGGUGGUACUAGACAUGUUAAUCUCUUUAGUCCUUAUUGGCUUAUCAAUAAAACUGGACUGACGCUGGAAUUUUCACAUAAAGCUCAUCAUUGGGGAUCAAAAGAUUCUGGAAUAUUAAGCAAAGGAACUGAUUUGGUCCUGUUCUCGUCUGAUAAGGUGUCUGUAAGAGUAAAGACUAAAGAUGGAUCAUGGAGUGACUGGUCUAAAAACUUCUCAUUAGAUACUGUUGGGAGUGAAGGGAUUGUCAGCUCCUCUACUGAUAAUAAAGUUUAUCAGAUGGGAUUCACUUGUAAAAUGGCUACUUUCUCAUUCACAAAGGUCAUCACUCUAACUCCAUUCUACAUGAUACACAACAAAACUGAGGAUAUUAUAACUGUAUUGGAGUAUGAUCGGCCAGUGAGUGACACUAUCAAAUUAAAGCCAAAAGAGUUUGUGUCUUUUUGGCCACAAAUUAAUAAUGGUAAAAUAUUAGUUGAUGUUCUUGAUGAGCCAUCACUGACUACUUGGUCAAGCCCUUUUGAUUACAGGAUUAAAGGCUCUUAUUUGUUAAGGCUCAACUCAGCUAAGGUAUCUGCAGUGACAGUACAUGUGUCGGUGUCAGGCUUUGCUAAUGUCAUUACAUUCCUUCCAUACACUACUGGAGCUGCUCCUCUUCAGCUAAUUAAUACACUACCAGUCAAUAUCGAAUACGGGCAAGCUACAAAAGAGGGUGACAGUGUUGUUAAAGUGAGAGUACUUCCAUCUGGAGUCUCCAGGCUAUUUGUGUGGGAUGAUUUGAAUGCAAAAAAGGAGGUACUAUGGAGAAAGGAGGGCACUAAUACCUCAUUCAAAAAAUAUAGUCUUAAAGAUGAUCAUGGAAGCAUUUAUCUUUCAUUAGCUGAUGGCGGUGAGGCUGAUUUAAAGAAGCAAAUUAUUGGCAUUUCACUAGCUACUGCUAAACUGAAGGGAAGUGUGAAGAGAAUCAGAGGAGGAGGAGGAGAAGGACAGAAAGAAAUGGCAACAGAUGACAAUAAGGGUUAUUGGGUCUCAUUUACUGAUGACUUGCAACGUGUUCUGUUAUUCACUCCUGACAAAGAAGUAGUAGAUACUGCGCUAGGGACCCGCUCCGUACCAUCUCUUAAUGCUACACUAUCAAUAGUAGCCAUUGGACUCUCACUGGUUAACAGUAAUAAAGGGAUUGAAGUUGCUUACAUUGGCCUACCACAGUCCCCUGUUUUGUGGGAGAUUGAAAAGUCUCGCAAGCAAUGGAAGGCAGUUGAGAUUGAAGUCUCAGACAAGCUUGAGGAGCUGUAUGGGAAGAAAAAGAAGAAUGAAGUCAUCAAGAUAUCUGGUGAUGUAUCAAUUGAGUUCUCCAAUGAAGAUGAGGUGUAUUUGAUAAAUUCAGACAAAAGGAGUAAACUGAGAAGAAGUUAUUUUAAUGGACUAACUGUUAAAGUGACUAAGUCGCAACAAAUGACAACAUUUAACUUAAGAAUUAACAAAGUGCAGGUUGACAAUCAGUUGCCUAAUGCUCGUAAUCCAUCAAUAUUCUACUGCUAUCCACCUCCUCCUAAAGUUGGAUCUUCUGCUCCUCCAAAACCUUUCCUGGAGCUAUCACUUGUUCUUAAGAAUAAUCAUGACAUACAAUUCUUGCAAACGCUCAUACAAGAGAUGGGACUCAUCAUUGAUCUUGACUGGCUCGUUGAGCUGAUUCCAUUAUUUCAGUUCUUAGCUGCACCCAAAAAUGAUGAGGAGCUAUUGCAAGAGCAGAUAAAAAUGACAAAGACAUCACUUCAAACUCUUGUAGCAACUUCUUCAGCUAGUUCUUCAUCAAUUAAUAAAACAUUCUUUAAGUUUGUUCAUCUGUCUCCUAUUGAUCUUCACCUUACUUUUUCAUUGAAGCUUUCUGAUAAAAAGAAAGAAGAGAUCAGCUUUUUUGCAGAUCAGAAUUUUAUAUUUAAAUAUGUUCUUAACUUGAUCACAUCUGUUGUUGGUCUUUUUGCUCAAGCGAAUGAUGCUGAAUUGAAGUUAGGGUAUUUUGAGAUAAAGGAGCAAGCUUUAACAACCAAAGCAUUGCAGAAUCGCAUCAUUGACCACUACAAGCAACAAUUCUUGUAUCAGUUGUACAGUGUUGUGUUGAGUUUGGAAGUAAUAGGCAACCCUGUUGGCUUUCUUCGUGGAUUUACUGAAGGAACAGUUGACCUUUUUUACCAACCAUUCCAAGGAGCAGUUGUUGGACCUGAGGAAUUCUUUGAAGGCUUAGCUCUAGGAACACAUCAAUUCAUUGGUGGAACUGUUGGUGGUGUUAUUGGAAUAGGUGCUGGUGUUACUCGUGUGUUAGGAGAUAGUUUUGCGAAAUUGACUUUUGACAGUGAAUAUCAGGAAAGCAGGCCAGAACAAAAGUCAUUUGGUAGAGGAGUUGAAACACUUGGAAAAGGGUUUUAUCAAGGUCUGACUGGUAUUGUGACACAACCUGUGAAAGGUGCAAUGAAGGAAGGUGUACUUGGUUUCAUCAAAGGUACUGGUAAAGGUGUCCUGGGUCUUGUUUUCAAACCAACUGGUGGCUUGAUUGACUUCACCAGUGCUACACUACUAGCAGUACAAAGGACUACUCAAGUAGGUGAACUCAAUUUGAUGCAGCUUCGUAUUGCACGUUACAUAGGAAAUGAUAAGGUUAUACGUCCAUUCUCUCUGACCGUUGCUUCAGGUUAUGCAGUCUUUAUUGAUUACAAUAAUGGAGAGCUUUAUGGUAAAGAGGAAUACAUUGGUCAUGUUGAUUUAAAUGAUGAUCCAAUAAAGAUAUUCAUAGCAACUGACAAGCAAGUGAUGAUACUGAGAAAGAACACAUUUUUUGAUAAAUGGUCUUGUGAUUGGUCUAUGGAAAUGAAAGAAGUUGUGGACAAACCUUUUCUAUCCAGUAGCACUGGUGCUGAACGAGCUGUUCUGUUUCCUAGAAUGGAGCACCAAGGAGGAGUCUUUGGAUUUGGUGGGAAAAAGUCAGUCAAGUCAAACUUUUCCCUCAACAUCCCAAAUGAGAUCAAAGCCAAAAAGAUUGUGGCAUUAUCACUACAAUCAUAUAACACUUUUGCUUUAAAACUUUAAAUUAGUUUAUGAUAGUUGCUGUAUGUGGUAUUCUUGUGUGUGAAUUUUAAAGGUACUUUCAAACUUUUGCUAGAAUUUAAUGAGUUCACAUGAUUAUUUUUGUUAGCAGUUCUAUUUACGUGUUGAUUAAUAAUACCACAGAAAUUAUUAAAAU